UCCUUGGUAUCCAGAGGCGUUGGUGACACUAACAGGAGAGCAAAUAGGAAUAAAUAACAAUAGCAAUGAGAUAGAACAUAUUUUUCAGAUUAUUAUUAUUUCGAAACGUGUGGAGACAGGGCAGAAUGUCAGCCAAUCCAUCUGUUUUUCUGCUCAUGAUAAAUGGUCAGAUAGAGGGAGCCAGCUUUCCAGAAUAUGACGACCUGUACUGCAAAUAUUGCUUUGUAUACGGACACGACUGGGCUCCUACCUCGGGCCUGGAGGAGGGGAUCUCCCAGAUCGCCUCCAAGAGCAGAGACUCCCAGCAGCGCUGUGUGUGGAACUUCCCCCUGGAUAUCACCUUCAAGAGCACCAAUCCCUUCGGAUGGCCCCAGAUCGUGGUCAGUGUGUACGGACUGGACGCGUUCGGCAAUGACGUGGUGCGAGGAUAUGGCGCUGUUCAUGUUCCCAUAACCCCUGGCCAACACAAGAGAACUAUUCCAAUGUUUGUUCCAGAAUCUACUUCAAGACUACAGAAGUUCACAAGCUGGUUGAUGGGAAGGCGUCCAGAAUUCACAGACCCCAAGGUCGUUGCUCAGGGAGAAGGAAGGGAAGUAACCCGAGUGCAAUCUCAAGGCUUCGUCUGUCUGUCUUUUAACAUUGUGACCAAAGACAUGAAGAAGCUUGGCUAUGACACCACUUCUACAGAUACAGAGAAGCCCUCCGGCCUCCUAGCCACAGAACCAGCCUAUACUUCAUGAGGCCCUCAAAUCACAGCCCGAAGAGCAUCAGAAACAAGGUCCUCCAAGUCCAAAUGGUCCAAGUGUUGUGAAGAAUACAUGUUGAAGAGGCUAUCAAAACAUACUGUCAUUACAGUAUUUCAGAGACUGUUUUUCAUUGAGUUCCAAAAUUGCUAAUUGUACAACCGAGGAACUAAAAAGGUGCUGUUAUGUUCUACAUCAUCUUUUUUUAAAGACAUUAAAUGUAUUUUAUGACAAGAAUAAAUUCUUUCCAUCUUUCA